AUGGACGGCGCGAACCGCACAGGAGAUGCCUCUGGGCCUGUAGAGUCCUCACAAAACAACAAUCCUCCAAUACCGCACGACUCUUCAUCCUCGACCCUCCACGACGCAUCUUCCAGCGACUCUCCCACUCCCCCCAUUGUCGCGAAAGAAAAUGCAUCACCAUCAUCCGACCCCGAAGCCACACGCACCACGCUCCAAACCGCCAUCAUCAUGAUCUCGCUCUGCUCCUCCGUCUUCCUCGCCGCCCUCGACACGACGAUCGUUACCACGGCCCUUCCCACCAUCAGCGAACACUUCCACUCCAACGCCGGUUACACCUGGAUCGGCUCUGCCUACCUCCUCGCCAAUGCCGCAUCCACACCUUCAUGGGGCAAAUUCUCAGACAUCUGGGGUCGCAAACCGAUUCUGUUGAUCGCCGCAGGCAUUUUCUUCAUCGGCAGUACAUUAUGCGCGACGAGUAUUAAUAUUGGCAUGUUGAUCACCGCAAGAGCCAUUCAGGGUAUUGGUGGUGGCGGACUGAUUAUUCUGGUUAAUAUCUCGAUUAGCGAUCUUUUUAGUAUGAGGAAUCGGGGCAAGUAUUUUGGGAUGGUGGGGAUGGUGUGGGCUUUUGCGAGUGCGGUGGGUCCGAUUUUGGGUGGUGUUUUUACGGAGAAGGUUUCUUGGAGAUGGUGUUUUUAUAUCAAUCUACCAAUCACUGGAUGCGUAUUUAUCUUGCUAUGCAUCUUUCUUCACCUCGAUAAUCCAAAAACUCCAGUAUGGGAUGGUUUAAAGGCAGUCGAUUGGGCAGGAUCUCUUGCAAUUGUCGGAGGUACCCUCAUGCUUCUUCUUGGCCUCGAAUUCGGCGGGAUCACCUACCCAUGGGGCUCAGCAACCGUCAUCUGUUUAAUUGUCUUUGGAGUCGUCACAGCCUUCUUAUUCAUUCUCAACGAAUGGAAAUUUGCUCGCUACCCAGUCAUGCCAAUGCGUCUCUUCAACCAUCCCUCCAACUUCGCAGCCCUCGGCACCUGCUUUUUCCACGGUUAUGUUUUCAUCGCAGGAACCUACUACCUCCCCCUCUACUUCCAAGCCGUCCUCGGUGCCACCCCCCUCCUAUCUGGAGUCUACCUCCUCCCUCUCGCCCUCUCCCUUUCCUUUGUCUCAGCCGCCUCCGGCAUAUUCAUUAAAAAGACCGGUCGCUACCUCCCACCCAUCUGGUUCGGAAUGAUCUUCAUGACCCUUGGCUUCGGCCUGCUCAUCGAUCUCGACGUCCGCGCAAACUGGGCCAAAAUCAUCAUCUUCCAAAUCAUCGCCGGUAUUGGAGUUGGUCCAAACUUUCAAGCCCCUCUCAUCGCGCUCCAGAAUUUCGUCGCACCACGAGACAUCGCGGCUGCUACUUCCACCUUCGGCUUCGUCCGUAACCUCUCCACCUCCAUUUCCGUCGUCAUAGGCGGCGUCGUCUUUCAAAACGAAAUGCAGAAAAAACUCGCCGUCCUCUCCGCCUCUCUCGGUCCUGAAACCGCAGCUUCUCUCUCCGGUGGCUCGGCCGGUGCGUCCGUUGGUAUCGUCAACGCGCUUCCCAUGGCUCAACGAGAGGUUGCACGCCUGGCGUUCCACCAGAGUCUCAAGACCAUGUGGAUCAUGUAUGUUUGUUUCGCGGCGGCCGGGUUGGUGUGUAGUGCGUUUAUCAGACAUAAGGCGCUGGAGAAGGGACAUCAGGUUACGAAGACGGGGUUGGCGGAGGAGGAGAAGAAGAGGAGGGAGUUGAAGGGGGGGAAGAAGGUGGUGGAUGAGGAGAAGGGUGGUGCGGAGGGUGGGAGAUUGAGUGGGGAGAAUGGGGUGGUGAAGGAGGGUUGA